CGCAGAAACUCGAUCAUGGCCUUCGUUCAAGCCACCUUCUCCGACCCUCGAGUCCCCGACCGAGACCGAGUCGCAGCGCUCAACCGCGCCUUCGCCGACCCUGGGAUCCCAGCACCGCAAGGCACGCCCUCCUUCUGGCUCCGAAACCCCCAUUCCUCCUUCCAGAUACAGUCGUCCAGCCUCCCAGUUGAAGCAGACAUCGUAAUCAUCGGCUCCGGAAUCACUGGCGCCUCCAUCGCGCGUACCCUCUUAACCCACGCGUCUACCAACCGCGACCAAAAAGAGACAGCAGCAGCAGCAGCAGCAGCACAGCCCUCGAUCCUCAUCCUCGACGGCCGUGACAUCUGCCACGGCGCAACCGGCCGCAAUGGUGGACACAUCCUUGAGACAGCCGAGGAGUUCGCCUACUUUGAAGAGACAUACGGCGUGGAGGCGGCCAUCCGCACGAUGCGGUUCCGACUUGCGCAUUUAGCCGAGCUACUGCAAGUGGCUGAGGAAUACGGGCUGAGCGAGGUCGCGCAGGCACGGAGGGUGCAAUUCCUGAGCGUAUAUUUCGAUGAAGCGAGGUGGGCGGAGACGGUGCGGUCCGUUCGGCGAUUGAAGGAGUGUAUGCCUGCUGAGACGAAGGAGUGGAUGGUUUAUGGGAAGGGGGAGAUUUCCGAGGACUUCCACCUUUCCCCCACAGCUUGCGGGCUCAUCACCGGCCCUGCAGGUGCCCUCUGGCCCUACCGCUUCGUAACCGGCCUCCUCGCCAAACUCCGCGACCAGUACCCCGACACCCUCCGCAUAGAAAGCCGAACACCCGUCACGGCCAUCACCGAGAACACCGGUAACUUUCGAUACGCAGUCACCACCCCGCGAGGCUCAGUCCGCGCCCGUCAUGUCAUCCACUGCACGAACGCCCACGUCGGACACCUCGUGCCGGGGCUACGCGGCCGCAUCUACCCCAUUCAGGGGACGAUGACGGCGCAGGACCCCCCGCGUGGGUUACCGCCGCAGGGCACCAGACAUUCUUGGCUGUUUAAUUAUGAGUAUGGGUUUGAUUAUUUGACGCAGUUGCCUGAGGCCUCGUGGGGGGGCGAAGUGACUGCGACUGCCACUGCAGCCGCCACUGCGAACAAGAUGAUGCUGGGCGGGGGGUUUGGGCAGCAUGUGGACCGUGGGGUUUGGGCUUUGGGUGUUGCUCGGGAUGAUGGUGUUGUUCCGGGGUAUACGGUGGAGCAUUUGAGAGGGACGCUGGGGAAGGUAUUCGCUGAGAAGAAGCGGAAGGAGGGUGGGGAUGCUGAUGGCCAGGGUCUCGAGAUGGCGUGGACGGGCAAUAUGGGCUUCAGCGCGGAUGGGUAUCCGUGGAUUGGGAAGCUCCCUUCCUCUGCGACAGAACGGGGGAACUCUCGAGAUGACAAGGAUCAUGGGCAUGGGGCAGAGUGGCUAUCUUGUGCGUUCUCCGGGGAGGGGAUGGUGCAGGCUUGGUUGUGUGGCAAGGCAGUGGGGAUGAUGGUGUUGGCGCAUGAGGGUCGAUUGGCCGGGGAGGAGCUGGAUCUCUCGUGGGUGCCGGAGCAGAUGUUUGUGAGCGAGGAGCGCAUGCGGAGGUCGGUGCUGGCGCGGGUGAUUCCUGAUCAGCGGGCGUCUCAGCUCUAGGCAGUAUACAGUAGUCACCUGUGUGUAGGUAGCUAUUUGUCAGUCAUUCGAG